AUGGCCGGAAGAUGUGGAAGAAAUGAUGAUGCUAUCGCUAAGGCUUUGGGUAUGAUUGCUGGUGUGGAUGAUGGAUGGCGUUGUCCGUCUCCAAGCAGGGGUAUCAAAUCAUUUUACCUUGUCAGUCUCCAAGUAGAGGUAUCAAAGAAUUUAACCUUACUAGUCUCUAAGAAAAGCUAUAUCAAAUCAUUUCACCUUGUCAAUUUCCAAGAAAAGCUUCAGCAUCGGUUAUGGUUAUGUAAUGAAGAGUGGAAUGAAGAGUUUGUAACUCCUACAUGGUUUGGUUAUUUAUGGUAUUGGUUGGCUACACUUUUCUACAGUAUCAUACCAGUGUUCAAUAUGGCAAGACCAUUAGCAAAAAUAUGUGACAUCAAUGACAGCAAAGAAUUUUGGAAAGUUUCUGUUCGUGUGCACCACAAAUGGACAGUUGUUUCGAACAAGAGGGAGCAUUUUGAGAUGAUUUUUGUUGAUGUAUCGGGUGGUGACAUACAUGUUGUUGUUCCUGCACCGCAUGUAUCUCUUUUUUCUGAAAAAAUGGUCUUGGAUCAUAGUUACACUGUUUCCAAUUUUAAGGUUCAGGCUAAUGUUGCGGCUUUCAGACCUUCGUCUCAUAAGUUUAUGUUGAAUUUUACUGCUGGCACUACGGUUACGGAUGAUAACAACGCUGAAAUACCUCCAAAGCCGUUGGUGUUUACUAAAUUUACUGAUAUAAUAAACGGCAACUUUAACAAGGAUGUGCUAAUAGAUGUCAUUGGUAUGGUGGAAAGUAUUGGGUAUUCACAGACCACAUCAGGUGCCCAGAAGCAGCAGAUUAACAUGAUGCUGCGUGACGGGGGUGAGAAUACUAUCAAUUGCACGCUUUGGGAAUCCUAUGCUGAACAAUUCAUGAAGUUCAAGCAGGAGCGCGGAGAUGAUUCUGGUCCUAUUUUUGUCAUGAUUCAAUAUGCUAAAGUCAAGGAACAGGGUAAGUUUCCACUGUCCGUGACAAACACGUUUAAUGUUACCGUCCUUGGUCUGAAUACUGAUUUACUGCCGAUGAAAGAGUUUAUAGAAAGUUUUCCGAAGGAUUCCAUGAUUACGUUGUCUGGCCAGGAGGGUUCCAAUUCACAGCUUUCAGCACAGAACUCUGAAAAUCAACAGAUGACUCCUGUACAGAAAUUGCUUUCAAAGGCUGUUGUAAUGCCUAUUGGGGAUAUUAUAAAACUCAGAACUAUUACAUUUUGUGCGACUGUGGGAGAAACUAAAAUGCUGGUUGCCUCUCCGUAUGGCUGGUAUUAUCGUGGUUGUCAUGCUUGCUCAUGUAUUACGCGUGGUGACAAAGCUCUGUUUGAGUGUGAGGCUGGACAUUUCACUGAGGCAGAGAUUUUUAGGUACUGA